UACACAGUUCUCUCUCCACUCACUCAUCCAUGGCCAAUUGGUUUUUACAUUUUCUACGGAACAAAAAACAGUGUGUUUAAACUCUGAAUAUUCAAACCCAAAGACUCUCUCUUUCCUUUGCCUUUUCACUUGGACUUUUGUGUCUUUGGGUUGUUGGAAAUAGUAGAAAGACUCACACAUAAAGGAAGUCUUUGUGUGACUGAUGAUGCUUCCUAGCUGAUUCCUGAGUUCCUAUACUGCAGAGAGUGUCUUCUACGUUUUUAGUGUUGCCCCUCUUUCUUCUUUUCCUUUUUAAUUGUUAUACCUGUUUCAUCUUCUUCUUAUAGCUAUAGCUACUUCUCAAUCUGAUACAACAUAGUCAUCAUCUCAGGUAUGUCUGAGACCACCAUUUUCUCUUCUAGGUAUCUCCUAAAUUGUCUUACUAUUUGAUGUGUCACUGAGAUUGAUCAAUUGUGUUGCAAAUUUUUCUUGGGUUUUCUCAACGAUUUAAGGUUAGUGUCAGUAACAUCCUCCGUGAUCAUUUUAGGGCUGUUAGAGUUGCUACAGUUCAUUUGUUUGUUGGGACUUUUUAUUUCUAUAAUUGUUUUGCUUUAGAUUAAGUUAUCUUCAGUUGGGUUAUAUUCUAGUUGAAUUGGGUCUUUUCUGAGAGUGGAAAUUAAAUUUCCUUUUUAUUUAUAUAUAUUGUUAUUGGGGUUUGUACCAUUUCAGCUAAAUUUUGUAAAUUGAGUGUUUUAUGCUCCAAGUUCGUUGAAAGUCCUUUGUAUUGUGAAAUUUUUGUAAUUGGGUUUUGAGUUAUUUUAUUCUGAGGAGACUCCAUAAGAAAUAUUCCCAUGCACAUGAUGUUGAAUGGCAAAGAUUUUGUUCGUCUAGGUCACACUUUGAUCUUGUCUGUGAUGGUGGUGGUGGUGGUGUGUAGUAGUUCAAGUUAUGCCACUCCUACUGAUAUUUACUGCUUGAAAACUAUCAAAGCGUCUCUUGAAGACCCUUACAACUACUUGAACUCUUCAUGGGAUUUUAACAACAAUACUGAGGGAUUCAUUUGUAAAUUCACUGGUGUUGAAUGUUGGCACCCUGAUGAGAAUAAAGUUCUAAAUAUCCGCCUUUCAGACAUGGGUCUUAAGGGCAAGUUCCCUCGAGGCAUCGAGAAUUGCUCAAGCAUGACAGGCUUAGAUCUUUCUAGCAACAAGUUAUCUGGACCCAUCCCUAAUGAUAUAUCAAAGAAACUUCCAUUUAUUACAACCCUUGAUCUCUCAUCCAACAGUUUUUCGGGUGAGAUCCCAUUGAGUCUUGCAAAUUGUACAUACUUGAAUGUGCUUAAACUCGAUAACAACCAGUUAACCGGUUCAAUCCCUCUGCAACUCGGCCAGCUCAGUCGGAUGAAGACUUUUAGUGUGUCCAACAAUCGUUUGUCAGGUCAAGUCCCUAUCUUCGGUUCUUCCAGUAUACAGGCUGACAGCUAUGCAAAUAAUCUAGGACUUUGUGGGGGACCUCUGGCAUCUUGUCCAGGCAUUGUAAAGAAAUCUCGUGUUGGAAUUAUUGCAGCAGCAGCCAUUGGUGGUGUAACUUUUACGGCUAUUUUCGUGGGUAUUGUUCUCUACUACUUCUCACGUGGCGUGGUUAUUAAGAAGAAGGAAGAUGACCCUGAAGGUAACCAAUGGGCUAAGAACAUCAAAGGAACAAAAGGCAUCAAGGUUUCAAUGUUUGAGAAGUCAGUUUCGAAAAUGAAGUUGAGUGAUCUCAUGAAGGCAACUGACAACUUUAGCAAAAACAAUAUCAUUGGAAUGGGAAGAACUGGAACGCUAUACAAAGCAUUGCUUCCUGAUGGUUGUUCCCUUAUGGUUAAGAGGCUUCAAGACUCUCAGCGAUUAGAGAAAGAAUUUGUGUCUGAGAUGAAUACGCUGGGGAAUGUGAAGCACGGCAACUUGGUUCCCUUGAUGGGGUUUUGCAUGGCAAAGAAGGAGAGGCUUUUGGUGUACAAAUACAUGGAAAAUGGGACACUCUAUGAUCAAUUACAUGAUACAGAACCUGAGGCCAGGAGCAUGGACUGGCCCUUGAGGCUCAAAAUUGCAAUUGGAGCAGCUAAAGGUUUGGCAUGGCUUCAUCAUAACUGCAACCCACGGAUUAUCCACCGAAACAUAAGCUCCAAAUGCAUACUUUUAGAUAAGGAUUUUGAGCCUAAGUUAUCUGAUUUUGGCCUCGCAAGGCUUAUGAACCCCAUUGACACCCAUUUGAGUACUUUUGUUAAUGGGGAGUUUGGUGAUUUGGGUUAUGUUGCUCCUGAGUAUCCACGGACAUUGGUAGCCACUCCGAAAGGCGAUGUUUAUAGUUUUGGAGUUGUUUUGUUAGAGUUGAUUACAGGUGAGACACCAACCCAUGUGGCUAGUGCCCCUGAGAGCUUUAAGGGAAGUUUAGUUGAGUGGAUCACAGAUCUGUCAACUACUUCUCUUGUCCAAAAUGCCAUUGAUAAGUCUUUGCUCGGAAAGGGUUUUGAUAAUGAGCUUACCCAAUUUCUUAAAGUUGCUUGUAAUUGUGUAUCGCCAACUGCAAAACAGAGACCUACUAUGUUUGAAGUAUACCAGCUUCUUAGAGCAAUCGGGGAGAGAUACCAUUUCACAACUGAUGAUGACAUCUUGAUGCCAACUGAUACCAGUGAUGCUAAUUUCCCAGAUGAACUUAUUGUUGCUCAAGAAACAAUUCAGGUCCAUUGAAUGACAAAGGUUAACUUUAGCAUGAGAUAUUGUAGUUUGAUCCCAUAAGAAAGAAGCAUGUUUGAUAUAUAAUAGUUCUAGCUGUAAUGACUUAUUACAUUAUUAUGCAAUGAUGCAAAGAUACAUAUGUAGAGUUUCAUAGGUUUUUUGUGUCACUUCCUUGUUUGAAGCAAAAACUGUAUGUAGCAUAUUCUAUUUGAUAUGUUGUAAUGUUAGCUACUAUUAUUUUAUUUCA